GUCGAUUUCAGAAAGAGUCGAACGGCGUGGAGAGGAAAAUAUGGAGAAAAGUGUGGGCUCGCUUCAGGAGCAGGCAUUGAAGAGGAAAGAGAGGCUAAAGGCGUUAAGAGACAAAAAAGUACAUGGGCCAGAGGAGGAAGAUGACGAGCCGGAGAAGAAAAAAGCUUCAUUAGAGGAGACUCCAGAGGAGAGGCAUAGAGAGCUCAAGCUGAGGAAUUACACUCCACAGGAUGAAGAGCUGAAGGAGCGGCAGGUGCCCAAUGCCAAACCAGCAUCAGUGGAGGACAAAGUUAAAGACCAGUUAGAGGCAGCUAAUCCAGAACCUAUCAUUGAAGAAGUGGAUUUGGCCAACCUCGCCCCAAGAAAACCAGACUGGGACCUGAAGCGUGACGUGGCAAAGAAACUGGAGAAGCUGGAGAGGAGGACACAGAGAGCCAUUGCUGAGCUCAUCCGCGAUCGCCUGCGAGGCAGUGAGGAGGAGUUGGCUGCAGCAGUGGGAGCAAUCGGAGUGGAGGAGGGAGACUCCGAUUGAAUCCUAAAUGUUUUUGUUGAAUGAGUGAAACUCAUGCAGCGACGUCCUGACU